GUCAAUCUCGUCAUGUUACGUAAAUAAUCCUAAAUGUAAGAUCAAUGUAAGAUAAAGUGAAAGUAAGAGGUAAAGCUUAGGUUGUAAUCAAAUUUCGGCAUACUAGAUAUCGAAGUAGAACCAAUCGCACAACAAAAUAUUGAGUUACUAUUUCAGCGAUAAAGUAUAUUGAAAUUUCACUAUGAUGAUGGUAACUUCCCAAGAUAUUUGAGCUUCCGAACGUCCAACAUCCAGUGAUGCACAGAGUCCUAUUUGGACAACCUAGACAAGCACUACGGUCGCUGAGAUGGUAUAAUCGCGCGACAGUUCAACAAUUUUCUGUUCAAUCGGCUUUGCGCCAGCAAGCAAGCUCCAAACGCUGGAGUCACUCGAGCAGCAAUCAUAGCGAUUACGAAUACCGUGAAAAGCAAAGUGCAUCGUCAAAAUCCGUUUAUUUCUUAUCAAAAUUACCGCCUUCAGUCAUUUUACUAUUGAUCUUCCUACCCGGGACUAUAAUACUCUACAACACGAAUGACACAUUUAAGCAUACGACUUUAGCUGGUCAAAGAUGCGCGAGAUGUGCACAAGCGUUUGUAGCUAAUGUCACAGAUUACAAGAUUACACUCGCUAGAAACUACGCGAAUGAUGACGACAAAUGGGACAGUUUGUCCAGAUGUCACAAGAGGUGUGCAGAGAGAGUCCUCGCAGUACUUAAGUCCAAUGGAGGUGUGUUCAUAAAACUUGGCCAGCAUAUAUCUAGUGUAGCGCUCCUUCCACUUGAGUGGACGGGCACUAUGCGUCCACUUCAAGAUCAAUGCAAUCCAUCGUCAAUUGAUGAUGUUAAUCGAAUACUUAAAGUCGCAACAGGUAAAUCAGCCGACGAAUUAUUCGCUUCGUUUGAACCGAAUCCAAUUGGCGUUGCUUCACUCGCACAAGUGCACAUCGCACAUGAUAAAUCCACCGGUCAGAAAGUUGCUGUCAAGGUUCAACAUCCCGGUUUAGACGAGUAUGCUGAAAUUGACAUCAGAACUGUUCAAUUGAUCAGUAAGGGUAUCAAAAAAUUAUUCCCAGAAUUUGAGUUCACUUGGCUGGCAGACGAAAUGGCUGUCAAUCUUCCUCUUGAAUUAGACUUCAGACAUGAAUCAAACAAUGCAAGAAGGUGCAAAGAAGAUUUCGCGGGUAAAACCAAAACAUCCCUCUACAUACCUGAAUUCUUGUGGUCUCACAAGUUAGCCCUUUGCAUGGAAUAUAUAGAAGGUGCCAGACCAGACGAUCUUAAUUUCCUUAAGGAACACAACAUAGAUAGAAACCAAGUAGCGAAAGAGUUAGCAAGUAUGUUCUCUGAGAUGGUCUACAUCAAUGGCUUCUUCCAUGCAGAUCCACAUCCUGGUAAUUUGUUGAUAAGACCUGCUCAGGAGAAGUCGCGGUCACCGUACAAUUUUGAAGUUUGUUUACUCGAUCAUGGUCUGUAUUUUGAUUUAUCGGAUGACCUUAGGGUAAACUACGCUAGAUUUUGGUUGUCAUUGAUGAAACCACCAUCUGAAGCUACCUUCAAAGAGAGAAGACAUUAUGCCAAGUUAGUCGGUAAUAUUGAUGAGGAUAUGUAUGCUAUAUUCGAAUCUGCCAUUACUGGUAAAGCAGGUUUGGAAGGAGCGUACGAGCAUGAGUUAAAGGGUGGCCCACGCAAGCACAAACGCUCCGGCGGUAUUCUAGACAACACUCCAGCUGGUAACUCAAGUGACGUCGAGAGGUUAAGGAGUGCAUUAGUAACUAAGGAAGGUUUAAUUACUAGUGUGUUCGGAUUAUUGCGGAGUCUACCAAGACGGCUUUUAAUGGUUCUUAAAUUAAACGACUUGACGAGGCAUUUAGACACUUCUUUACAUACAACUCAUGGAUCGACUCGUGUUUUCUUAAUAAUUGGCCAAUAUUGUGAAAAAUCAAACCAUAGAGCAACAUUGCAAGAAAUAUCUAGGCGAUGGACCGAAAAUGGUGUUUCGAUAAAUCUAUUCUGGUCUUACUUGAAAGAAUAUCUUAGACAUUUUAGAUCCUCAAUUACAUUCUCAACUUUGGCUGGUUUACAAGAUCUGAAAUCAGCUCUAGUCAUCUGGUCAACAUGGUCUUACGCAUUAUACGCUAGAGGAUUUGAAGGCGCUUCAAAAGUUGCUGCCGGAAUAGAAGAACAAGAAAAAUCAAAAAAUACAGAAGAGGAAAAGCUAGAGAAAUAGAAUAAAUCCAUCCUUUUUGUAUGCUGUUCUUGAAUUUAAUGAAA